GUCAGUGGAUUUAGUUGUCAAUUUUGUUUUAGAAAACAUUUCGUGCACCUCCACACUAGCUUAAAAUUUUGAAUAUAUUUUUAACCAUGCCACAGAACGUGCUGAUAGUCUGCGUGGGAAACAUUUGCCGCUCCCCCAUUGCUGAGGCUGUGAUGCGUGACAUGAUUACCAGGGCGGGGCUGCAGGCGGAUUGGCAUGUGGAGAGCGCCGCCAUUGAGGGUUGGCACUGCGGCUCCAGGCCGGACGAGCGUGCGCUGAGGGUGCUGGCCGGGCACAACAUCGAAUGCAGCAGCGUGGCGCGUCAGCUGCAGCCGGAGGAUUUUCGUAGAUUCGACUACAUUCUGGCCAUGGAUCGGAGUAACGUGGCAUCGCUAAGGCAUCUGGCACCGAAAGGUGGCAGGGCCAAGCUGCUGAUGCUUUGGGAUUUUGGCCUUAAGCCAGACGAGCGCAGCAUCGAGGAUCCGUACUACCUCAUGGGCAUGGCUCCAUUGGAAAAGAUCUACGAGCAGUGCACCAUUGCAUGUGAGAAUUUUCUGAAACAAGCGCAAUUGAUUGAAAUCUGGUAAGCCCAAUUCAAAUUUGGCGCACAUUUGAAGCUACAAAUGAACAUGGAACGACGCAGCGGUCAGCUGUUGGCUAUCGCAGUAAAGUAUCGAUAUACAUCAAUUAAGAAUACAAAACGAAAGCACUAAAAGCACACAACCAAAUAAAAUAUUAAUUUUUGACGAUAGAAAAGCAAUGAAUCAAAUUCCAUGAAAUGAAGUCGCACUACACUACAAAUCAUUAUAUCAUUAUACUCUUACACACUUUUUACACUUUUGAACUAAGUAUCAUAUUGCUUCAAUUAUAAAAACAUUUCCAAUGCAACAACGAACAUACCCUUCUCAAGAAAAUAUCGACACCCCAUCCAAUUCCGAUUAAAUAUC